CGUAAACUCCGGGAGGAUCAAAAAGGGCGCGGGUUUCUUCAUGCUGACGCAUUUUAUCUUCAUUCUCCUGCGGCUCUGUUUCCUCUAUUCGUAUUCGCUGGCAGCCUCACAUCACUUCUCAUCUCGUUAGUGUUUGUUGGGGUCUCCUGCUUCGAGUCUCGACUUCGCUAGACCAUCUGAACCGUAUCAUCGUGGACGCCAAGACAUCGAGCUGACCAGUUGAGGCCAUAUACCGAUUCCGCUACCGGCUAGUACUUAUCUCAAGUCAUCUCGGUCAAGUUAUAGAUAUGCCCGCUUCGGAAACACCCCCGAGCGAUGACGUGCGCAAGCGCAGGGCUCAUAAGAAGUCUAGAAAGGGCUGUGGAAACUGCAAGCUGCGGCGAGUGAAAUGCGACGAGACUAAACCCCGAUGCGUACAGUGCGUCUCCUACGGCGUGACAUGCUCCUACGCUCCUACAUCCGUGGCGACGGCCCUGUCGGUGGAGGUGGCGUUCAAAGUCGACCUCUCGUCAUCUUCGCCUGCUCCCAUACGCCCCCAUGCUCAAGCUCAAGCUCAAGCUCGACCAAGGCCUGAUCCCGCUUCUUCGUCCAGGAGUGCCGUUGUAGCUCCUCCUCCUCCAUCAGCUCAAACUCUCUUUCCACCCCGUUACGUUCCUCCGCCGCUACCCACCACAGGAUCCAUGGAAAGCCCAGACGCAGCGUACCAGUUAACACCCACAGACGUCCGACUCCUCGAGCGCUUCCAAAAGAGAACGAUUCUAAGCCUCGGGACGCCGAGAAGCAAAUCAAUCUACGAGAAAAAGACCUUGCCCAUCGCAUUCUGCCACCCCGUGGUAAUGCACACAGUAAUAGCAAUGACCCACCUCCACGACCUCACCCUCCUAACCCCAACCUCCCCCCCUCCCCAAGCGACCCAAACAGCCCUAGCCUACCACUGGUACCGCGGCGUCUUCCUCCUCCACCGCAAACUCUCCGCCCCGAUCCGCCCCUCCGAGCACGACGCCCUCUGGCUCGCCUCAGCCUUCAUCAGCGUCGCCGCCUUCGCCAACGUAGCCUCCCUCGCCGCGCCCCGCGACGCCUGGCCCCUACGAAAAGGAUGCCCCUCGGACCUAGACUGGCUGAAGCUAGGCGACGGGAAGAAGCAGGUGUGGAAGAUGACGGAUACGCCCCGCGCGCCGAGGGGCGUGUUUGCGGAUGCGGCGAGCGAAAUUUACGCGCACUUGAUGAAGCCCGUCGAGGUACCGACCCCUUGUGUCAGUAUCAACGGGGACGGGAACGAAGACGACGGAAAGAUGAUGGAUGCGUGGAGUCCUCCCCCCCCAGAAGGCUUCGCGGAGCUGUUCAACCUCGUCGAGGACCCCACGCACGCGAACCCGUACUUCACGGCCGCCGCGUCCCUAGCCGCGUGCUGGCGGGUUUCUUCCCCCGCGGCGGCAGCGGAUCCGGACUCGAUUGAGCUUGUGAAGCCGUUCAUGGGCUUCAUCAGUAAGUUGGACCCGCGGUUCCGGCGGCUGCUAGAGGAGAAGGACGAGAGGGCGAUGCUGCUGUUGGCGUAUUGGUAUGCGAGGGUGUGUGAUCGGAAGCAUUGGUGGAUGUGGAGGCGGGCUGUGCUGGAGACGAGGGCGAUUUGUGAAUACUUGGAGGAGAAGUGGCGGGGGAGAUGGGAGGUGAGGCUUGUUGAGUUUCCGCGGAUGAUGGCGGAUCAGUGCGAGUUGUGAUGCCUUCGUGGUGUUAGGCAUCCCAUAUAACGAGGCGAAUAGACUAAGUAUGAUCAGAUGAGUAACGAGUACGGUCCGAAUACAAUGCGCGUUGGAAGUGCGGGAGGAUUUAGAUGCAAAGUAUGAUUGAAUGAA